AUGUUUUUCAAGUCUCUGGACCUGACCACUGCAUUGCGACCCUUGCUGUUACCUGACGAGACGCUUCUCUUUGUCCAGGAUGCGGUGGGGCUAUAUGAGGGGAAGUACAAGAUUCCCGACUACCAAAAUGGUCAUGCCUACUUGACCUCCCAUAGGGUUUGCUAUGUUGCAGCGGAAGAACCUCGUAAAUUCUCUGUCGGUAUUGAUCUGAAGGAAGUCGACCGAGCCGAGUACCAGGCCGGCUUUUUCAAGUCAUCGCCUAAGAUCACGCUAUACCCCAAGCCCCAGAAGGGAAAGACUGAUAAAUCCCGAAGUGCGACUGCCAGUCCUGCGGUCUUGCAACAGUCUAGCCUGCUCCCCGUUCAUCCAUCCUCCCCUAGGCCACAGAGUGUUGUCCAACAGCAAGCAGCUUCAACAAAGCCAGUGAAUGCGACCUGGAUCUGUCCGAUCUGUUCCUUCUCCAAUCCUGUGCCUUCGAAUUUCGACCCUGCCACGGCCACCGCAGCCACCCAUUUACCGCCAUGUCUCGCGUGCGGCAUUAAGCCGCCAUUCACAACAGUCCUCAAGGCGGCGAUCAGCGCCGCAACGAGUCGUGAUUCUCCCUUGCCUAGCACGGCAGCUUUCCCGACCGAGAACACUACUGCCCAGAAGAAUAGUGGCCUCUCGGGAUCGUCGGGCCUCGCAGGUUCUGUGUCGUGUUCCCGGUGCACCUUCGUGAAUCAUCCAUCUCUCAUGGAGUGUGAGAUGUGCGGGGCACCGUUGGCAACGACGGGGCUCUCUAUACCAGGAGACGUUACUAGCCGCGCUGACUCUCCCGCUCCAUUCUUUGCACAAUCUCGCAUCACUAAUUCAGAAGUCACCGAUAGCAUCAAGCUUUCGUUUCGAAAUGGCGGGGAGAAAACCUUCCACGAGAGACUCAAGGGGGCCUUGAUUCAAAGGAAAUGGCUUCUCCAGAAUGCACCCCCGGUGCCACCGCCAUCGCAGGCUGGUGCCUCGACCAGCGGCCCCGCCAUUCUUUCUUUAGAGAGUCCGCAGCCUACGACACCACGCACCACAGCUGUGGGAAUUGCGGGUCUAGAGCAACGCGGGUUAGAGACGCGGAUGAAUAAUCAACUGGUGAUUGGCAAUGCUUUUGAAGAUCUCGAGGCUUUGAUGGCCUCGGCCAAGCAAAUUGUGGCUCUAGCCGAAACCCUGGCCCGCGAGUCGGGGAUGACGACCAACGGAGGAGCUUCUGCAGAAACUAAUGCGGUUCUCUCCGAGUCGGCUGCAGCGUUAGGGAUGGUGACUACGAAGGACAUGCUGAGCUCUGGGUCCGAGAACCUCUAUCUAUCAGAGCUGUCCCGCAACCUGGCCGAGUAUCUUACGGACGAUCGCAAAGGGAUUCUACAUCGAGAAGGCGGCAUUAUGAGCCUGAUUGACCUUUGGGCGGUGUUCAACCGGUCUCGCAAUGGAGUCGAACUUGUCAGCCCGUCCGAUUUCCAGCGGGCAGCCGAGCUCUGGGAAAAGCUGAAGCUACCCGUGCGCCUACGCCGGUUCAAGAGUGGUCUCUUGGUGGUUCAGCGUUAUGACUGGAGCGAUGAGAAGACCGUUCGGCAGUUGCAGGAAUGGAUGGAGGAAUUGCGACGGGUCCCACCAGACCAAUCGGUUCCGUGGGAUUGGAGCAUGUUUGGUCGGGCCGUGACGGCGCAGGAAGCCGCCCAACGAUUCAGAUGGAGUGUGGGUGUGGCUGCGGAGGAGCUAGAGAUGGCAGAAGACAGGGGUGUGCUCUGUCGAGAGGAAGGUAUAGAGGGUUUGCGGUUCUGGAGCAACCAUAUAGUAGCAUAG